AUGGAGUAUUGUACAUUUCAUAAAGGUAAACGGAAGAUAUUGGAAAGCGAGCAGGUUGAUGAUCACAGAAAUGAUAUGUUCCUGAACGAUUUCAAAAUCAAAUGCAGCAAAUUAAUGUUCCAGAUUGACUGUGAACUCAACAAACUGUAUGAAGAGGUUGUCUUUGAAGUGGCUGCAUUUACAAAGUCAUAUUGGGAAAACACUUUACAAUUAUCAGAAUCUUCCGUAGCAAUACCAAUGGCAGUGGUACGAUGCGAAACACUAGAUGGUUAUGAUUUUGAGGAAGCUUUAGUUAAUGUGUUGAAGAUAAAACCAAUUUGUAUAUCACCAUCGCAGACAAUGCAGUUGUAUGAUCUCCACGAAAUGCUCCGAAAAAUGGGGGAUAAAAAAUAUAUAAUAUUAAAGCAAGUGGAAUGUUUCACGGCAGGCCCAUACUUGGAUGGUUUAAUUUCUGUACUCACUGAUUCAGCAUGGGAGAGAAAAAUUGUUUUGGUGGUAACGGUAGCUGUAGAUUUCAAUGUCAUUUUUACCCGCUUUUCGCAGGAAAGCAUCUGGAAAUUGACCCUUUACUGCUUUCAUAUGCCAACGCCAACGUAUGCCUUGCAAGCUGUAUGUGAAGCCGUCGCAAUCAAGCCUGAUAAUUAUAUGAUUGUUGACGGUACCCUUCAUAAAGAACUUAGGGAAAGAUUUUUGAGGGACAGCUUAUCAGUUUGUGAAGCAAAGAGAAUUCUCAGAGUAACACUUUUGCACAAAUUGCUGGAAUGCGAAGAUUUUGGUAAUGAAAUAGCUGUCAGCAGCGGAAGUGUUGGGAUGGAAACCGUAUUGGCAUCUUAUGAUACAUUUCUAUACCUUUUACACGAGUUAACUGCCGGUUUCCCAUAUCAUGCAGAAAAUGUGUAUGAAUUGCAUAGCUGGAUACAGUCGAAUCCGAAUUUUUUCACUGAGAAAGAAGGACCAUACUCAACAUGGAAGAGUAUUUGGUUAACAUGGAGUGUUGAGGAGAUGGUAGACUGUUUAUUAAAACUGUGGAAUCCGGUUAGACGAAUUACCAAUUGUUACAGCAGUGAAGUGCAGAAAUUGCUUGUUGAUUUACGAGAAAUUGAUCAGCGAAAAACCGCACUGCAGAAGGAAGCACUCUCAGAACAUGAAGCAACAGUUGUUGGUAUUUGUAAGAAAAGAUUGUCGCUGCAUGAAAUGCAACAGCGAAUGAGGGAUAAAAUAGCUCAGAAGAAGCGUGUGGAUGUGGUAUCUCAUGAUCGGCAAAGAUUUAUUAGACUUCUCACUCAGAUCAUGUCCAAGACCUUAAGAAUUUUCCAUAAAAUGCCAAAUUUGGAGAAGAAACUGCUUGUGGGGCAACAGGAUGUGAUGAAUUUGGUUAUCCCUUCCAUCACGCAGAAUUUGGAAAACGCAUUUUUGCAACAGAAACUGCGUAACGAACACCGCAGUGGAAUUCAAAUGGAUCUUUGCCUUGCUUACCGAUCUCUUCUUGACCUCUCACUAGAAUACAAGAACAUUCCGAUAUACCGUUGGUUAGCAAGAUUUCAAGAGUAUUUGGUAGAUUUGAAUGACACCAGUCCAGUUUUGCGUCUUUUUCGAUGUAUCGGUGAAUUGGAAUUCCUGGGAAUUUUGAAGCCAGCUAGUGAUCGAAAUAGGAAUAAAGUCAAUAUUCUUUAUGUUCCUCUUUCAGUUACCUACUGA